ACUGCCAAAUUAAAAAUGGACCUGGAAGAGAGAGUGAACUGUGAGUUGAAGUUAAAAAAGCAAUGUUCGGAUCUGGAAGAAACGAUCCGAGACUGGGAACAUUUUGAACAGCAAAUGAAUGAGCAGUUCAAGCAAGUAGAAGGGAAGCAAAAUAGCAAAAUUAAGACCCUGAGGAAACAACUUGUGGAUAAAGAUGAAGCUUUGAGAAAGACCUUCCAGGCAAUGGAAGAACUGGAGAGAAGUGCCAAGAAUUCAGAGGGCCUGGUUCACGAAAGGCAAGAGGUCUCUCUGGAGGUUCUGAAGGAAAAGGCAGAACUUGAAGCUGAGUUAAGCAGAAAGACAGAGGCUGAAGUAGACCAAGCAGGAUUCAUUGUGCAGAUGAGAAGCAGGUUUGAAAUGGAGCUGAGUGCAAAGAGCAAAGAACUGGAACACUUCAAAGAUAAAGCCGAGCAUUUAACUGAGGAGAUUGGCGAAUUGCAAGAGCAGCAAAGGCAGCAAAAAGAAUCUGAGAGGAAGUUGCAGGAGCGAAACAGGAUGCUGGAAGAGCUGAUGGAAGAGGUGCAGGAAGGAGAGGCCAGGAGCUUACAGGAAAAGAUAUCUCGCAUGGAGAAGCUGCUCAUUAUGAAAGAAGAAGCUGAGGAGAAAUUUCAGGCAAGGAUUUCUAAUCAGGAGUCUCUUCUAAAAGCAAUGGAAAAGACACAGGGAAGGCUGGCACAACGUAAUGAAGAAUUGGGUAUCAAACAACGUAGAAUGAGUGAAGAACUGCAUCGAUGGAAAAUAAAGUGUUCCAACCUUGAGAAGUUUGAAAGGGAAGUUAAAGUUGAAACAAGAUGUCAGAGAGACAGGAUAAAGGAGUUGGAGACUGCUAAAACUAACCUCGAAGCACAACUUCGAAAGAAAAUCUGUGAGUUUGAUGAGCUUGACAUUUUGAAGAGAAAGGAACAAGCAAAUAUAAUAGCAGAGCUCAACAAAAAGAUUGAAGAGCUCGAGUUCAAAGACUCUGCCUGCCAAGUGGCAAGGCAAAAUCUCGAAAUGCAGUUGAAAAAGAGGAUUAAAGAAUUUGAAGUUUCUGAGGUGAAUGUUAAGAGCCUUAAGAGAAAACUAGAGGAGGCAGAAGAAAAGCAGUGUGAAAUAAAGAAAGUAGAAACCGCUCUUCGGCAGGAAAAGAAAGCACUUGAAGCUCAGCUUGCCGAAGAGUCUCAAUUGGUCAUCUCUUUGGAGGCCAUGGUUAAAGAGGAAUGCCAACAGUUACAAACUUUGAAGGGAGAACUGCACACUAAAGAAGCAGCUCUACGAUCACUACAGGAGGAGCACUCACUGCUGCUGGCCAGAGUUAAGGAAUUAGAACAGGGCCUGGAGAAGGCAAAGAGGGAAGGGCCACGCCAAGAGGAAUGGGAGACCAAGAAGCGUGAAAUUGGUGACAUUGACCAGAGGUUGGAGGACUUUGCACAGUCUGAGAAAAUACUGAAAGAAACCGUUGGCAACUUCGUAAAGACAGAGACUGCUUUACAAGAAAGAAUUCAAGAUUUAGAACGGUCGAAACAAAAGCUUCUGGACAAAAUCAAUGAGUUGAUUUCCAAGUCACAGCAAUCAACAACCAAUGAUUCGCAACUCACAGGAAAGCUCCGAUGUCUGCAGAUUUCAGAGAGGGACCUCAGAAACAUGCUUACAGAAAAAGAGAGGACUGAAGAGGUGCUAAAGGGUAAACUGUGGCGUUUGCAGAGUCAGUUGAGAAUGAAGGAGGAUGAAAUGAAUAAGCAGUCCGAGUACUUUGAACACUACAAACAAAGGCAGCAGCAGCUAAUGGUGAAGCUGAGGGAACGUGAGCAGUCCUUGCAGAACCAAGUCUUCAAACUGGAGAGAGAGAGAAUUGAUCUAAAUGCCACCAGUAUUGUCCUGAAAACUGAGCUACAACAAGUUACAGCAAAGUUCACAAAGCUGGAGAAAGCAUGUACCAGGAGGAGCAAAGACCUUUCAGAGCACGAUAUGGAUCUCACCAACAUGGAAAGCUGCCUGUUGGAUGGAGAGAACCAAAUUAAAGAGCAGAUUCUGGUCCUGCAGGAUGACUUGAAGCGCCUUCUGGAAAAAGAAGCAGCAAAUAACCAGGAAAGGGAGCAAUUCCGAGAAAGACUUCAACAAGCUGAAGACAAUGAGAGCUUCCUGACACGCAAACUGGAAGACUUCCGCUCACGGAUCCAUGAACUGAAGCUAUCGGAGAGCAGCCUGCAAGAGCAAAUCGAGGAUCUGGAAGAGGAAAAUGAGAAGCUCAGAAAAGAACUGAAAGAUGUACAGGAGCAAGAAAACUACCUGAAUGUGCUGGAAGGUGAAGAAAACCUGGAGAAUUUAGUGCAGGACAUGAAUAAGACCUCAUUAGCAUCUUCAAAGUAUAAGCAUCUGAACUGCCUCUGCAACGCAGUGUUUCAACAUAUGGAGGACGAGAGCUCACCCAACACGUACAGAGACCUAAAAAACUCCUUGACCCACUUACGAUCUCAGCUGCAGAAUGGAGACAUCUUAUUUAGAGAAGAGUUAAUGCAGCAGAAGUGGACAGCUGUACUGGAUUCUGCUCGGAACAAGAACACUCAAACUCCCUCCAUUGGACAGUGUGUUCAAGAGGCCAUGAUCCUUGCAAAGCUGGCUUCUGAAUGUGCCUGUGGUUACCCUCAGCUGUCUGAGGCUGUAAAGGAAGGGCGUCCUAUACCAUUGCUUGAAGCAAACUCAUGUAUGUUGGCGGAUCUAAUGCAGAUUCUUAGGACUGGGGAUGUGGAGAAGGUCAGAACGGUCCUUCAGCUCCCCGAAACACAAAGAGAACUGGCCGUGCUGUUGGACCCUGAAGUAGGACAAUUGGCAGGUUGUGACCUAUCAUCCUCCAUGGUUGAAAAACAAGAGAUCAGGCAAUGCAGAGGUGCCCUAGCGAUUGUCAAGGAAUCAGUGAGUGAUGCUAUCAUUCCCGUAGCUACCAUUACUGAUGAGUUACAGUGUGAUCAGUUGGACCCUGGGAGCCAGGAAGCUGCAAAGUUUCUGCCUGCACCUGAGCAUGUGGAUUGCAAUAGCAGUGAUGCAGCCAGCUGCAUGCUACCAAAGCCCCCUUGCAGCAUGAAAAGAGAAUCUGCGAGUAGAGGCACAAAGACUGCGACUGAAGAAACCAUUGCAAACCUUGAAGCUGAAGUAGGAGAGCUUCAGGCAGAGAAAGCAGGGAUGGAUCAAUGCUUGCAGUGUGUGAGCAAUCAGUUACUCGAGUCAGCUGAAGAAAAGAGCAGAUUGGAGGAGGAAUUAUACGCUGCAGGAAGAGAAGUGAACCAUUUGGCUCAGAAACUUGAGGCAAUAACAAAGGGGAAGAUACAGGAAGAAGAAUCAAUGAAAAACAACUUGAGGAAAGAAAAUGAGGUUUUGGAGAAGAGAAAUAAAGAGCUUCUAAAUGAGAUCGCAAAACUGGAAUCCAGCCAGCGAGAAAUGGAAGCAGAGUUCGAAGAAAAGAGUGAAGAAUGUUUGCAUAAAAUAUCUCAACUGAAAGAGGAAAAGAAGAAGAUGGAAGACAAGUUUAACUGCAUGCAGCAAGAACAUGCAGAGAAACUAACAGAGUGUCAUCAAAAUAUUGAAAAAUUGAGCACACAAAAUGAGGAAAUGAAGGGAAGAUUAUCAGAACUGCAAUCCGAGGAUAAAACUCUUACUAACAUGGUGACAGAACUGAAAGAGGAAGUUGAAAAGCUGAUGAAAGAAAAUGAACACCUGCUGAACAAAAUUAACGAAAUGGAGAAUGAGAAGAUGAGUAUGAUUCACCAAACAAUGCAUCAUUUAACAGAAGACAAUGAACGUCUUUUAGGAAAAGUCAGAGAACUGGAAAAUGAACUGGAAAAUUACUUCACUGUGAAUACUGCAGCAGAAGAUAAAAUAAGUCAAUUGGAAAAUGAAAACACCAAGUUGAUGAAUUUGAAAGAAAAUUUAAUCAAAGAGCUGAAAGCCCAGGGAGAUGCUGAAAUAAAUAACAAGCAGGACAAGUUAAAGAAAAUGUCAUCACAACAAAGUGAUGCUUUAUUACAAGGAGCUACUGGCUGUGACGACAACAGGAAGAUGAUGUUAAAAGCCAAAAAGAUGUGUGAAGUGAAACAAAGCAAGAAUGUGAUGGAACAGGAUGUUGAACUUAAUGAUGUAUUGACUGAGACACCUACAGUGAAGAUCACUGGAAGAUCUUGUGAUCACAAGACCUUGGCAUCCAAAGGGAAUGCAGAGGAUGAAAAUCCACUCAAUGAAGAAAUGAGAACGAUUAUCGAAACAUGCUUGGAAGAAAUUGAGAUGGAAGGAGUCUUAUCCCCAGAAGAGCUACUGUUGAGCUACGAUAGUCUACAAAAGAAAUUGCCAGAUGUUGAGAAGUCAGGAGCUACCAUCAAGCAGGCACAAUUGACUUCAGCGGAAGGGAAAAAUCCACUUGAGGAACUACUUGAGAAAGCAGAAUUGGAGCUGAAGUCUAAACAGGAAAAGCUGGAUGAUACAAAAACUGAGGCCCAGAAAUGGCAUCGAGAGGGGGGCUUGGCAGAAGCUAGAUCUGAAGAGAUGGAGGAGGACGUAAUGCAAGCUUUAACUGAGAUAGAAAAGCUGAGGGGAACCACAAAAGAACAAGGGCCUCUGCAAAGGCAAAUAAAAGCAAUGGAAGAGAGUGUUCCAGUGAAAUCCGUUGGCCAAAAAGCAGACUUCAGCUCUGUGGACAUUACAACUCUUCAGCAGCAGAUUCUCACGUUGAAUUCCCAGCUUAAAGAUCAGACAGCUUUGGAGAGGAAGCUUCAGGAAUUACAGUUCAAACUGGAACUCCUUCAAAACCAGUUUGACGUAAAGUCCAAGGUCGAAAUGGAUCUAAGAAUGGAAAACUACUGCAUGAAAGGUCAACUUGAUGCUUUGGAAGAACACGUCAAAAAUGCAGAGAACCUCAGAGCAAAGUACAAUGAAAUGAAAAGCGAGACAAAUGUGUUUGGGGGACUGCAAAGUGAAAAUGCAAAAUCCAAGCUGCUGAUAGCUCCACUCAAGGCAAAGCUGUCCUGCCUGAUUCAGAAAUGCCUUUGCAGGAACAGUCUCAUUGUACAUUUAGUGAGGGAACUGUACCAGCAUGGCUUUCCUAAUGCAGGUUUGAUAGAAGAGGCUGAAGAUAUGUUGAAUGACACUGCAAUCCUGGAGUACACCCGCCUGUUUCUGUCAUCACAACAGGGGAACAUGAACAAUAAUACAACACCAGCUGGAAUUCCUAAACAAGAUCAAGGUUUGAGCCCUUGUUUUCCAAGGUCUCUCUCUCAUGGAAGCCAAGGCUUUGCUGAUUCUAGAACAUCUUUGACCCACAGGGCAUGUGUGGCCACUGCUGACUAUCAUCCUAAUCCUCACAUGCCCCACACUGUGCUGCCAGUGCUGACUCUAUCUGCUGGAGAUGUAGUACAUGUCAUUGGGAAGGCAGACAGCCAUGGGAUGUACCCUGCUGAAGUGAACGGGAGACUGGGAUUGGUUCCAGUUGCAAUUCAUGCAGUGAUGCUUCACCAAGUCCCAGAAUAA